ACGAGGGCGUAUCGCAGACUGAGAUUCUGCUCUGCAGCUUCUGUUAUUCCCAUUAACAGACUGCGUGUAUUGUUAAUUAAGGCGUCGGUGGCGCUGUCCGGACUAAGACUUGUCCCGAGUCGAGACUCUGGGUUCUCCGUUUCGAGCGCGAAUACCCGCGCCCUCGCAACACUAACACAACUCUGCCAUAACGAGCAUACAUUGCAAUGGCAGACGAUACGCGGGAUAUCAAAGAUGAGGCCAUCGAUGAGGCAGUCGAUGAGGCGCUUGGGGGGAUGAAGCUGGAGGAAGAGGUCUCCCCAGUAGUUGAUGAGAGUGCGGUCAAUGGUACAAUCGCGCAAGCACACACGCCCAACGGCACGAAAGAGUCUGCCUCCACAACGCCAGGAUCUUCUAAAUCUGAAUCACCGACACCAACCAAGGAACAGAGUGCAAGCCGAACACCUAAGUCCGAGGAUAUGGAGGGAGAGGAGGAGAAGGGGGAGGAGACCAUCGGUGGUGAUAUUACGGUCACAGUCGAGCCGGGCAAAGCACCAAAAUUGCUACGAAAAUCAGGACAAAAAGUAAUCUCACGUCCACCGGCCCUUUUCGACCACCUCCCAGAUGUCACGGAAGAGGCUACGAAGGUAUUCCAAGUAAUCAAGGAUUGUAUCUACGGAUCCAAGUACAUGGGAUAUUCAGAGCACGACGCCCUGGAUUGUGACUGCUCAGAGGAGUGGAGAGAUGGCGCGAACCACGCAUGCGGAGAAGAUUCGGAUUGUAUCAACCGUGCGACAAAAAUGGAAUGUGUAGACGAAGACUGCAAUUGUGGCAGAGGGUGUCAAAACCAACGCUUCCAGCGCAAACAGUACGCCGAUGUCUCUGUGAUCAAGACAGAGAAAAAAGGCUAUGGUUUGCGGGUGAACACUGACCUGCAGCCCAACGAUUUUAUUUUCGAGUACAUUGGCGAGGUCAUCAAUGAGCCAACGUUUAGACGGCGCACCAUUCAGUACGAUGAGGAGGGUAUCAAGCAUUUCUAUUUUAUGUCCCUCACGAAGAACGAAUUCGUCGACGCAACGAAGAAAGGCAACCUGGGGCGAUUCUGCAACCAUUCCUGCAAUCCAAACUGCUACGUGGAUAAAUGGGUUGUCGGCGAGAAACUCCGCAUGGGCAUUUUUGCCGAGCGACACAUCAAAGCUGGCGAGGAGCUGGUGUUCAACUACAACGUUGAUCGCUAUGGCGCCGACCCCCAACCAUGCUACUGCGGCGAGCCAAAUUGUACAGGCUACAUCGGAGGCAAAACCCAGACUGAGCGUGCAACAAAAUUGUCGCAUGCGACAAUUGAAGCUCUUGGUAUUGACGAUGGUGAUGGAUGGGAUACUGCUGUCGCUAAGCGACCCCGGAAAAAGAAGACUGGCGAAGACGACGAGGAAUAUGUCAACAACGUCCAGCCAAAGGGACUCGAUGAGGAGGGUGUCCGAAAGGUCAUGGCAACUCUCAUGCAGUGUAAAGAGAAAUGGAUUGCUGUCAAACUUCUCGACCGUAUCCAACGCUGCGGCGAUGACAAAGUCCGAAACAGGGUGGUGCAAAUGCAUGGCUACCAAAUACUUCGCUCCACAUUAACCACCUGGAAAGAUGACCACAAUGUCGUCCUCCAAAUCCUCGAUAUUCUUUACAAAUUUCCGCGUCUCACUCGAAAUAAAAUCUCCGACUCAAAAAUCGAAGCUACGGUGGAAACACUCGUGAAUUCUGAACACGAAGAUGUUGCAUUUGAAGCGAAGAGAUUGAUAGAAGAAUGGAGCAAACUCGAAGUGGCUUACCGAAUUCCACGCAAGAAGUUCGAUCCAACAGCAGCGCCCAUUUUCGAGCGACGAAAUACAGAGCCGUCCCAGCCUGCAAAAGAGACUUCGACCUCUGCAAUUGUCGCUCCUACUGGUCCCCGCAAUACCGCUCCUCGGAGCUUCCCACCUUCGAGACCUCCAAUUAGGAGACCGUUCAAUCCAUUGCCUGCAGGCUGGUUCACAGCUAUGGAUGCCAAUGGCGUUCCAUAUUAUUACAGUAAAACGGGCCAAACCCAAUGGACAAGACCUUUAUACCCCGCACCUGAACCACCGCCACCGCCUAAACAACCACCGAAGAGUGUUCAGACGGCAAAGGCGUUGCAAGAUAUUAUCGACAGCAUUACGAAGCCCGAUCCUUCAUCACAGACUCCUCAAAGCUCGCUCCAGACUUCUAAUUCGACACCUACCAAGGAAAAGAAGAAAAAGUCCGAGAAAUGGCGAUCUCUUCCCCAGGAGAAGCAGAUGAAGCUCUACGAAAAUACCCUCUUCCCUCACAUUAAGCACGUUAUGAAGAAAUUUACCUCGCAACUCCCGAAAGACGACCUCAAAAAGUUUGCCAAAGAAGUAGGCAAGAAACUUGUAGCAUCGGAUUUCAAGAACAAUCGCGUCGAAGAUCCAACAAAGAUCAGUGAGAAACAGGAGAAGAAAGUCAAAAAAUAUGUGAGGGAAUAUUUUGAGAAGGCCGUCGAGAAGAAAAAAGCCAUUGACAAGAAAAAGAGGGAGAAGGAAAGGCUCAAUGGUGUUAAGGACACUUCUAAGGAUAAGGAUGAUGAGAAGACCAGAGAGCUUAACGUGAACGGAGAUACUGCCCAAGUGGACAGUAUAAAGGCAGAGGAGGCGAAAGAGGACAGUGACAUAGAGAUGUCUGACAACGAGGAAGACAAAGCUCUCAUUGCUUCUUUUGCUCAACGAUCGCCUUCUGCCCCCGCUACACCAGCCGAAUCCUCUUCGGAUCUGAAACGCAAGCGGGAAGACGAAUUCGAUACCGUCGGUAACGAUAGCGAGUCCAGUAAACGUCUUAAAGAAGAAGACAACCUUGAAAACGGCAUCUCGCCACCUCCACCUCCACCGCCUCCGCCUUCUGGGGAGAUGCCUGAUGUGAUGGCUUCACAAGAGGAUGAAGACAUACACAUACACCAUGCGAAGGAGGAAACGGAAGAAGAAAAGGAGCUGCGCCUGCAAGAAGAGGCCUUGAUGCGUGAGAAUGAAGAAGCGCUGAUGCGUGAGAACGAAGAGGCGCUGAUGAUGGAUCUUAACGGUUCACUAAAAGCCGAGGAGAAAGACGGCAAGCUACGCGAUCAUAUUGCAAUGCGUUAUCCGGUGAGCGAAUUGGUGGAUAUUCAACCUGUGGAGUUGAAUGGUGGAAAGGAUGGAGCCGAGGAAGGCAUGAAGGUUGAGCAUGAGCGGAAGGGUGUUCUCAGCCAUUAAGGAUGCUAUGGCUCCGGCUUCUUGUAGGCGAAACAAGACGGAGCAAAGCAUAGACCUUUGUACUCGUGUAUCAUAAGCAUCGGCGUCAGUUGGGGGUUUAUUUGCACUUGCAUAUCGGGGGCGUUGCACGGCCGUUGAGCAGGUCUAGCAUUCGGGCUCUGAGACUAUCAACACCGCGCUGUGUUCAGCGAGAUGAGGCGAGAAAGGCUUCGAGGACGAGAUAUUUAAUGCAAUGACACCAAACAAUAAAAGCCU